AUGCUCCCAAAAGAAGCAGGCUCAGUAAAAGAAGCAUACGAAUACAUUAUGAAUAUGCCUGUGCAGCCAAAUGCUGUUAUUUGGAGGACCUUAUUAGGAGCGUGCACGAUACACGGGCAGCUCGCCCUUGGAGAGACUGCAAGAGCGCACAUUCGAGAGUUAGAGCCCGGACAUAGUGGGGAUUAUGUGCUCCUAUCCAAUCUCUACGCAUCUGAACGCCGUUGGUUAGAUGUUCAAAAGGUGAGGAGGACAAUGUUUAGUGAAGGGGUGAGGAAAACUCCCGGGUACAGUAUUGUUGAGCUGAGGAAUUGUAUUUGUGAGUUCACUAUGGGUGACAGAUCUCAUCCACAAAGUGAAGAGAUAUACGCAAUGCUAGCAGAUAUCACACGAUUGUUGAAACUGGAAGGGUAUGUGCCUCAUACAACAAAUGUUCUUGCAGACAUAGAGGAGGAGGAAAAGGAAAAUGCUUUGUCCUAUCAUAGUGAAAAUAUCGCAAUUGCAUUUAUGCUCCUUAAUACUGCACCAGGGAUGCCGAUUAGGAUUUGGAAGAAUUUGAGAGUUUGCGCAGAUUGUCAUCUGGCAAUUAAACUCGUAUCGAAGCAAGUUGUUUCAUAUUUGUCAACCUGGAACGAUAAAGAGGUGUGGCACGAGCCGCACGGCAAGGGAUGA